UAAUCCGCAGCGCAGACAGAGCAAGAUUAACAACUAGUUUUGAGGGAGAAAAGAUAGAAAAGUGGGCGAGAGAGAACUUCAAGCAUUCUGGAUAAGCUCAUCUCUAGAAUGAUUAGCAAGCAAGAUAGGAAUGUAGAGUGAUUGAGGGGAGACCCUGUUAACAAUCCUUCUCUCCCAUCACUUCCAUGGUUGUUUGUCUCAAUCACAGCCCCCUUUUUCUUCUUCCUCCUUUCUUCUGGUCGAAAUAAACUUAAAAAAACACACAUAAACCCUAACCAGUAAAGUAAUUGGUUUCUUCAUUUUAAAUUAUGGGUUCUCUCAUUUAUUCUUAUUAUAAUAUUGUUUUAUUAUAAAAACACUUCUCAUUAUCCCAGAUUUUGCAGAACAGUUGUCUGAAUAAUUGGUUGGGUUGUGUGCUCAAACGAGACAUCCUGCACAAGUAAGUCCUUUUAGAGAGGGAAAGAAAGGGAACAAAUACAACAAAUAAUCAACUGUAUUGUUGAUAUUGCUCAUACAAGGAUGUUCCUCAAUACCUGCAUUUUCUUAAUAUGCCUCUGCUUCAUCUCUUUCUUUCCUCUGGUGAGAGGCAAAGACAACCUCAAUUUCACACUCCUACAUCAACAUCCAUACCCUGAAGCUGUUGUUCAAGAUGUCCAGAGGAAAGUCAAUGCAUCACUAUCAAGAAGACACCUCCUUUCUCUCCAAGCAAAGGACCAACAAUGCCUCACAGGUAACCCAAUCGACGAUUGUUGGCGGUGUGACCCUAACUGGGCAAGCAACCGCCAACGCCUCGCCGACUGCCCAAUAGGGUUCGCGCAGGGAACUCUAGGAGGCAAAGGCGGACAGAUCUAUGUGGUUACUGACUCCUCCGAUGGGAACCCGGCAAACCCAACUCCGGGAACUCUCCGCCACGCCGUAAUCCAGAAUGAACCCCUCUGGAUAGUCUUUGCUUCAAACAUGCUCAUCAAGCUAAAGCACGAGCUCAUCUUCAACAGUUACAAGACCGUUGAUGGCAGAGGCGUCAAUGUCCAAAUAACCGGCAAUGGUUGUUUGACCCUACAAUACGUGUCCCACAUUAUCAUCCACAACAUCCAAAUCCAUCACUGCAAACCUUCGGGCAACACAAUCAUAGCCUCCUCCCCUACCCACAUUGGCUACAGAGGCAAAUCGGACGGCGACGGCAUCACCAUCUUCGGGGCCCAGAAAAUCUGGAUCGAUCACUGCACACUCUCUUACUGUACGGACGGACUAAUCGACGUCACAAUGGGGUCGACGGGGAUCACGAUUUCGAACAGCUUUUUCUCUCAUCACAAUGAGGUUAUGUUACUGGGUCACAACGACAAAUACAUCGUGGACACCGGAAUGCAAGUCACGAUUGCGUUCAACCGAUUCGGCGAGGAGCUGGUGCAGCGCAUGCCGCGGUGUAGACUUGGAUACAUACACGUGGUAAACAACGAUUACACGUCUUGGGAAAUGUAUGCUAUCGGCGGUAGCGCAAACCCUACCAUCAACAGUCAGGGUAACCGAUACAUGGCUCCGGCGGACCCUGACGCUAAAGAGGUUACGAAGCGCGUGGACACAGACGAGAAGCAAUGGACGGGAUGGAAUUGGAGGACCGAAGGGGACUUAUUGGUAAAUGGGGCGUACUUUGUGCCGUCGGGUGGUGGGCUCACGGCCCAGUACGCCAAGGCCUCCAGUGUUGAUCCCAAAUCUGCAGGUCUUAUUGAACAACUCACUGUUAACGCCGGUGCCUUUGGUGGGCCCAGGUACAACAGUGAGAACAAUUAUAGUCCUGGAACCACCACUGGUGGGACCAACAGCAACAGUAGGUCCGACGGCGGCAGUGGUGAUGGUGACUUCUUCGGAAUGAUAUUUGGGAGUGCGGCGCCACCCUCGUCCCCACCACCAUCAACAUCAUUAGUGUUUUUGUCUCUUGUAGUUAUUUUAAUUUUGUGCACAAACACCAUUAAUGGUGCUCCUCAAUUGUCAUUAUAGAAGAAGAUUGAAAGACAAGCAAAAUCAUUGAGAUUGAGAAGGUACACAAGAAUAGGCAAUUAGUCUUAUAUUGCAAUACCCCACUUGAGGUUUUUCUUUGUGAAUUGCACAUCUUUUAGACUUGUUACAUGCAAGUGCACACAAUUUUUGUUGAAAUGUAGAGCAUCUAGUGUCACCAUUCACCUUUUA